GGUGUCAUCAUCACACACGCGCAGAUCAGGUUUCACUGGACAUAGUCUCUCGCGCAGGCCUACAGUAACGACAAUGGCGACUGGAAAAAUCACACACAUCUACUGCUUCCUCUGAAUAUCUCCGCUAAAAAUGCGCUGCUCGAGGUGUGACGGUGGAAACAUGAGUAAUAAUAUCUUGUGAGUUGGCUAAUAUUAGUCUUUGCGCGUCACGGCAGCUUUAAUAAUAACGGAUUGAAGAUGGCGGAGUUUUCUCCGGUGCUGCCUCCGUUGCGGGAUGAUGGAGGAGGCGGACGGUACGGACAGCCGCUGUUCCCCAGAUCCCUGUCCGGUUCGGAGUCGGACAGUGAAUUAUCGCAGAGUUUGGCCCGCACAAAGACGCGCUCGUAUGGCAGCACCGCGAGCGUCACGGCGCCGUUAGGAGAAACAUACAUAGAGCACCGGGUAACGGACGGGGACACACUGCAGGGUAUAGCACUCAAAUAUGGUGUUACGAUGGAACAAAUUAAACGAGUCAAUAAGCUAUUCAGCAAUGACUGUAUAUUCCUGCGAAACACUCUCAAUAUUCCUGUGAAGUCCAAAAAACCCUCCCUCUUUAAUGGACUGUCUCUGGAGUCACCUGACAGCGAGGGUUGUACACUGCAGGAGUCGCUGUGCUCGAGUCAGGACAUGGACGUCCUGUCCCCCCCACCAGAACCGGCCGUCCCGGAGCCCAACACCCGACCCGUGCAGGCGGAAGAGCUCUCUGCUAAAGACUUCUUGCACCGACUGGACUUACAGAUCAAACAGUCCAAACAAGCCGCCCGCAAACUGAAAGAGGAUGGUGAGAGAGAGGAAGAUGACCCAAGCAACUCAACAUCAUCAUAUCAGGAGAUCUGAUGGACUCUUCUUCAUCUGUUUACCUGCAGCGCUGACAAUGACCCAUCAUCAUCUUCAUCUUUCCAUCCCUCUUUUGCCUACUUUUUUUUAACUCUCUCUUUACCCAAACUGCAACACAUGACCACAGGUCCAUCAUUGCCUUCUUCAGCAGUAUUAUAGUGAUUUUAUUUCUGAUUUUUAUCAUCACUGUUCCAUCUCGCAUAACAGUAAAGAUUCUACAGCCGAGUUUGUCUUCUUUAGGAAGAGCUAUAGCCGUCCACAUGCAGAUCACAAACUUAUGAUAACCACAGUCUAUGCUCAUAUGAAACUGUAUGUGCAGUCUAUCCCAUAUAACGUAUAACAGAAAAGUAUCUGGACUCUGUGUGGCUGCCUGCUGAUUUUAAUUUAUUGUUUUGUUUGCCUAUAAAAGCUUUAUGUGUGGGGUUGAAAGGGAUAAAUAAUGCUGUUUUGGUGUGAAUGUUGUGUUUGUGUGUUGGGGUUUAAGAAAAAUGUUUUACUGUGCUGUUUGAUUUGGGUUAUGCAGAAUAAAUGCUUCUGUAAGCUGA